GGGCGGGAACCCGCGGCAGCGUACUUAAGGCCGGGCGCUCGGCGUCCCCCCCCUCACUCGCGCGUUAGGAGGCUUGGCUCGUUGUGCUGCGCCUUGUUCCCGCCUGCGUCAGGGACCUUCCCGACUCAGUGGCCACCAUGGCAUCAGACGAAGGCAAGCUUUUCGUCGGAGGGCUGAGUUUUGAUACCAAUGAGCAGUCGCUGGAGCAGGUCUUCUCAAAAUACGGACAGAUCUCUGAAGUGGUUGUCGUGAAAGACAGGGAGACCCAGCGAUCACGAGGCUUUGGGUUUGUCACCUUUGAGAACAUUGACGAUGCCAAGGACGCCAUGAUGGCCAUGAACGGGAAGUCUGUGGACGGUCGACAGAUCCGAGUAGACCAGGCUGGCAAGUCAUCUGACAACCGAUCCCGUGGGUAUCGAGGUGGCUCCGCUGGGGGCCGGGGCUUCUUCCGAGGGGGCCGAGGCCGGGGCCGUGGGUUCUCCAGAGGAGGAGGGGACCGAGGCUAUGGGGGGAGCCGGUUUGAGUCCAGGAGUGGGGGUUAUGGAGGCUCCAGAGACUACUACAGCAGCCGGAGUCAAGGUGGCGGCUAUGGUGACCGGAGCUCGGGUGGGUCCUACAGAGACAGCUACGACAGUUACGCUACACACAACGAGUAAAAAUCCUUCCUGCUCAAGAUCGUCCUUCCAAUGGCUGUAUAUUUAAAGAUUUUGGGAGCUUCGCUGAAUCGUUAAUGUGUAGUGAACACACCUCCUUGUACCCCACUUUUGUAGUCUUAUCCGUUCUGAUCUUGUCAAACACAGCCUGACUGCUUCUGACCCCCAGAUGGCCUCAUUACUAGACUUUUCUUUUUAAGGAAGCGCUGUCCGUUUUUAAGGGUUUUAAAAACGUUUUGAAAAGCACUUCAGAUUUUUUUUUUCUUUUUACCAUGAGCCAUAAGUUUUUUAGGAAAUCAUUGGGGGUUGUGUGGGUUUUGGUUUUGGUUGUGUUGCCUUUUUUGUUUCUCUUUUUAGUGGGGUCAGGCCCGUGAAGUUGGGUGCCCCGAUUAACUUCUCUUAAGAAUGAACGGACUCUGAAUCCGCUUUUUGUCGGAAGCUGAGCAAGCUGUGGCUUUUUUCCAACUCUGUGUAAUGUUUCUGAGUGUAGCUGGUAGGACCCAUCCUGGGGCAGUAGCAGAGGUGCUCUGGCUGCCCUGGGCCUGGCCUGUACGGCCCUUCUGUGCUAUGUAUGACCCACAGUAGACUUGCAGACGUCCCCUCGAGAGGUUCUUGAAAAUGUUUAUUUAUAUUGUCCUUUUUUACUGGAAGACGUAUGCAUAUCCCAUUGAUGUUGUAUUUGAAGUGGUUAAGGAAUUCUUGUACGCAGUUUUCUUUGGCUUUACGAAGCCGAUUAAAAGACCGUCUGAAAUGAACCUUGC